CACACACACACACAGCGUUAGGGCUUUACUCGCAGGCUUAGCUAGCUGGUUAGCACCGCGGCAUAAAAACCUGACAUUGUAAUAUAUUGAGUGGUACUAAUAAAAAUAUGAGCGAUAACGACAAAGGUUACGGCGAGCGGGAGUCUCGCUCUGCAUCGAGAAGUGUGAGUCCAAGGGGCUCUGGGAAGUCGGCUAGCCGCUCCCCAGCCCGGUCACCUGCCCGCUCAAAAGAGGGCUCCCGCCACUCCCGCUCUAAAUCUCGCUCUCGGUCCAGGUCAAAAUCUGGGUCUCACUCCCAUCGUGGCUCACGGAGACACUAUAGUCGAUCUCGCUCCCGCUCAAGGUCCUAUCGUCGGCGAUCCCACAGUAGGUCCUACAGUGGAGAACGCCGGCGCAGGAGUCAUAGCCGCUCACCGAUGUCCAACCGCCGCAGGCACAUCGGCAAUCGGGCUAAUCCAGACCCAAACGGUUGUGUUGGAGUGUUUGGCCUGAGCUUGUACACCACAGAGAGGGAUCUGAGGGAAGUCUUCUCUAAAUACGGCCCCCUGGCGGACGUUUCUAUCGUGUAUGACCAGCAGUCGAGGCGCUCCAGGGGCUUUGCUUUCGUCUACUUCGAGAACACCGAUGAUGCUAAAGAGGCAAAGGAACGAGCCAAUGGCAUGGAGCUGGAUGGUCGUAGGAUCAGGGUGGACUUCUCCAUUACAAAAAGACCUCACACCCCAACCCCUGGAAUCUACAUGGGUCGGCCCACAUAUGGUGGUGGUGGGGGUGGUGGUGGUGGUGGUGGUGGUGGAGGAGAUGGUCGUAGUAGUAGUAGUGGCGGCGGUGGCAGCGGAAGUGGUCCAAGUGGUCCUCGACGCAAUUCUCGUGACUAUGACCGUGGAUAUGACCGCGGAUACGACCGUGGAUACGACAGAGGUGGCUAUGAACGCUAUGACGACAGGGACCACUACAGAUCAUACAGAAGGCGAUCUCCAUCCCCAUACUACAGAGGGGCAUACAGGUCUCGGUCCAGAUCGCGAUCUUAUUCUCCACGUCGCUAUUGAACAUUACUGUCAAGCCCCUCCCACUCCAACACACGGACAGGAAAUGUUUCUGAGUGAUUGAUUUCAGAAUAGAUCUUCUUUCUUAAGGUGAUCUUCAUACUUCUGUUUGCUAACGUAUAUGACCAGUAAAUGUGUACUGGGAUCAGUUUUGAAGCAGUGUCCUCCGACAUAACUCCGCUGUCCCUUCAUGUUUUUAAUUUUAAAUGUAUAGGCAAAAACUGCCAUAAAAAAUAUAUUAAUGUUUUUAUUAAUGUAUUUUUUGUAUACAAGAUCGAGUGAUCAUUCAUCUUUGGACAGAUUAAA